AUGCAUUCUUUUCUUUUGCAGUACCCGGCGCCUGCGAUAGGAGUAACGCCUAACGAAGACAACGAUGAAAAUCUAUCUACAGAUGGCCUAGCAAGUGACUCCGCGAAUAUUUCAAGUAGUACCGCGAGUAAAGAAGAGAAGGAAGGGCAAAGGCAGCUUUGCAUGCAGCCUUUACCAGGCACCCUCCCAGAAACCGCGAACCAGUUGUCCAAUGCGGCGCGAGCAUUACUAAUGCGCUUGUUAGAACGAGAUCCAAAAGUGCGCAUGAGAAGUUUACGACAAUUGCAACAGUCUGCGCUCUACAUGGGGUUUAACUUUGAACACGUCAAGGCUAGGAAGGUGUCACCGAAAUCAAUACUUGAACGACAUUUCCCGCAAAACAGUGAAAUGGACGAGGCCAUCUGCGAAGCUGAUAAACAAAAUUUUGUAGCAUUUGAUCAAGCAGCAGUAAUAGAAAAUUAG